GGUGCUUCGCUGCUGAUCGCCAGGCAGCUGCGAGGGACUGGGUGAUGCUGUGUGUCCGGAGAGGGGAGAGGACACACGGCGGCGUGAGUCCUGCUCCACGGGUGGCUCGGGUGACCGAGGCCAGUACCAGCUCAGCGGCUUCUCCAGCUCUGGCGCUCUCCCGGGUGCGAUUUAAUAUAUGAUCAAUUGGUAUACCAUGGCUGGCACUUUCUCCAGAUAAAUCACCACAGUCAUCCCUGGAAGUCAUCAGCAGAACUUUACACUGCUCUAGAGAUGAGCUUGUGCUGAAGUGGCAAAGAGAUAUGGGAAUUCAGCUGUCCUGCUGGUGUGUGGCUUCUAAACUGAAGUAUGAACCCAGAAGAAUAUUUGUGGCAGAAUCCCAGGCUAGUGCAUUUUGAAUAGUGUCUGAGACUAAUCAACCCAGAAAAGCAAAAAUGAUCCUCAACUCUUCUACUGAGGAUGGUAUUAAGAGAAUCCAAGAUGACUGCCCCAAGGCUGGCAGGCACAACUACAUAUUUGUCAUGAUUCCAACUCUCUACAGCAUCAUCUUCGUGGUGGGAAUCCUUGGAAACAGCUUGGUGGUGAUUGUCAUUUACUUUUACAUGAAGCUGAAGACUGUGGCCAGUGUUUUCCUUCUGAAUCUCGCCCUGGCCGACUUAUGCUUUUUGCUGACCUUGCCACUGUGGGCUGUCUAUACCGCUAUGGAGUACCGCUGGCCCUUCGGCAAUCACCUGUGUAAGAUCGCAUCAGCCAGCGUCAGUUUCAACCUCUACGCCAGCGUGUUCCUGCUCACCUGUCUCAGCAUCGACCGCUACCUGGCCAUUGUCCACCCGAUGAAGUCUCGCCUGCGCCGCACCAUGCUGGUGGCCAAAAUCACCUGCAUCAUCAUCUGGAUGCUGGCUGGCUUGGCCAGUUUGCCAGCUAUUAUCCACCGGAAUGUGUAUUUCAUCGAGAACACCAACAUCACAGUCUGCGCUUUCCACUAUGAGUCUCAGAACUCAACCCUCCCCAUAGGGCUGGGCCUGACCAAGAACAUUCUGGGCUUCCUGUUCCCUUUUCUGAUCAUUCUCACCAGCUAUACCCUGAUCUGGAAAGCCCUAAAGAAGGCUUACGACAUUCAGAAGAACAAGCCGAGAAACGACGACAUCUUUAGGAUAAUUAUGGCGAUUGUGCUCUUCUUUUUCUUCUCCUGGGUUCCCCACCAAAUAUUCACUUUUCUGGAUGUCCUGAUCCAGCUGGGCGUCAUCCGCAACUGUAAAAUCUCUGACAUCGUGGACACCGCCAUGCCUAUCACCAUCUGCAUAGCGUAUUUUAACAACUGCCUGAACCCCCUGUUUUAUGGCUUCCUGGGGAAAAAAUUUAAGAAAUAUUUCCUCCAGCUUCUGAAAUACAUUCCCCCGAAGGCCAAGUCCCACUCAAGCCUGUCGACAAAAAUGAGCACGCUUUCCUAUCGCCCUUCGGAUAACAUGAGCUCAUCAGCCAAAAAGCCUGCAUCUUGUUUUGAGGUGGAGUGACAGGCCCAGAGUCUGCUGGUGAAGCUGUGACAGAAGCCAGGGCCGCAUCCAGUUAGAUGGCACAGCACCAAAGGAACAUUCACCCCUGCCUCAGAUCUAAGCAGAGAACAUGCAUUCAAUGGACUGAAGAUGUUUUCUAAAAACUCUGAAAGGAAACUUUGACAAGAAACCAAGCAAAGCCGCUCCUUGCCGCAUCUUGCAUUAAUAGAUGAUAACUGCCCAAAAGGAAGCGUCGGGAACCGGAUGGAUUUGUGGGUUUGGAAAACGUUUGCUGGCAGAAAUGCAAUCUCCUCAGUCCCCUCUUGCUAUGUUCCUUUUGGUUUCCACAAGAAGGUAUGUAGAGCUUGUUAAAUGUUUAGAAACAAGAGGCAGGAGGUCAAGAUUAUUUGCUCUGCUCAAUGUCCGGAGGGCAAGGAACCUUUUUUGAUCCCUUUAGUCAUUAGUAAUGGCAGCCUACUCGUCCCUGUUACUACACAUAUUAGGCAAAGAUUUGCUGAGCUUUAGUUAUCAUGGUUCAAAAUCCCUUUGUAAAAUUCAGGCAGUGUCUUAGUAAUGUCCAGCGCCCCCAACCAAUGCCAGCUAGUGGUGUAUUUAUGUAGCAGUGUUACCAAAGUCACACAUCAAAGUCAAACUGCUUGUAAUAACUGUGACUUCCUAGGUCCUUCAGCUUUACUUCACAUGUAAGAAUUGUAUACCGUUGGUGGUGAAUAGACUAUAGAUCAUAAAAUCUGCCUUGCUCUCUAAAAAAAGUAUAUAUUCUCUACAUAUACGUACAACUACAGUCAUUUGGUGAAAAUCUGGCGAUGUUAUGUUUACCUCAAAAUAAAGUAAUUUUAUUGUAAUGUAUCUAAUCAUUACUUAAAAUAGAAGCUCGUCUAUUUUUACAAUGACAUGGAUGUAAGUACAAGUAUAUUUUUACUUUGUUUGGUCUGCUUGAUGGUUUAAUAUGGUUAGAUAGGUUUUCUAGCCCAGGAAAGAUCAGGAAGCAACUAGAUUUUUCUGCUGAACAACAUGGGACAGAUUUCACCAUUUUUAAGUUUUUGAAGUUUUUCAUACAAAAACAAAAAUAUUUUCAGUGCUCAUAACAUUAAAUUAAUACAUUGUUUUACUCAUAAGAUUUUAAAUAAUCAAAUGCCUCUAGUUAUUUGUGUGGUGUUGCAGGAAAUUUAGAAACUCUAGAAAGCACAAGAUACUAGUCAUAUUAGUUCUUCAAUACAAAAACAUGUUCAUAUCAGUAUUGUAGGUAUACUAUUUUUGUACUCAUCAUAUAUACAUACAUAUGUAAAUUAUGAUGUUGGAGUCAUAAUGUAUAAGCAAUUUUAUACACAAUUUUGUCUCUCCUCAGUGACAUUGCAUAGUAGCUACUAUCCCAUUAGAUAUACUUGCUCAAACAUUUUAAUACUGUUAUAAAAUAAACAUACCUUAUAUAAUUAGGAAAUCACCAAAUUUGGAACAUUUACCAUUAUUUUAAAAUUUGUUGGUAUCAAAAAUUGCACUGUGCUGGUCAUUCAAGUAUAUGAAUCUGGUGAACCCCUCUCCAAGAAGCAGUAGAACCAAUGAUACAGUUGUAAACAUUUUUCAUAUUCCAAUGUAUGUGGCUAAAUAUUUUCCAGGAAACAUAACACAAUUUAUCUGCCACCUGCUAUGUUUGGCUAUAGCUCAUGACAGCCUUAGCAUAAAGGAGUUUACUUGCUGGAAGAAUCCAGGUACUUUAUACAAGGGCAGGGAGCAAACUAGGCCAGAAUGCUCCCAUGGGGCAGCUAGCUUGUUCUUUACCCUGGAAACAUCCAUUGUCCCUACCCCAGGCAUGCCGGGGUGUCCAUUCUGGUCCAGUAAAAUGUGCAAAGGAUUGGGCAAGAUUUAGAAUAGUUGUUGGUAAUAUAAUAAUUAGAAUGGUUGAGAGAUGUUAUGGGCAAGGAGGUUGUUCAGAGACAUUGGUGGACAGGGCAGAACCUCCAGCAUCAAAUCAUCUCAGUCGUAUUCUUGGAAAUAAAUGUGGUUACAUGUGCUUCAUAUCAAUUUUUUUCUUGUCUUAUUUUAAAUUUCAUCAAUACAUUGCUGGCCACUUAUUUCAAUUUUCAUUUGUUUUCAAAAGGAUUGUGUAGUAAUUUCAAUGAACUAUCCCCUAUAAGUCUCAGGUAUUUGAAUUCCUGGUCCCCAGCUAGUGGCUGUCUGGGCAGGAGGUAAGGUGGAGGGGUGGAGGGAUUAAGAGGUGUGGCCUUGCUGAAACAAGUAUGUCACCAGGGGUGGGCUCUGAGUUUCAGAAGACUGGAGCCAUUUCAAGUCACUCUCUCUGCUUCCUGUUUAUGGAUGAAGAUGUGAGCUCUCAGCUGCUGCUCAAGAAACCUGCCUGCCUGCUAUCAUGCUCCUCAGUAAGAUGGUUAUGGAUUCUGAUCCUGUAAGCUCCCAAAUAAACCCUUGUUUUGGUUAUAGUGUUUUGCCCUUGCCAUAGGCUCAAAGCAGUUCUUUACUCAUUAACCAAUAAAAGCAACACAUAGACAGAAGGACCUCCCACACCAUAUCAUAGCAAUAGAAGAGUAACUAAUACCGAUUUUCCCCCAAAUAUUAAAUUCUACUUCAUCUCAAAUGAGAUACCAUGAUUUAGUUUUUUCAUGAACAUAUUUAAAGUAAGUGCACUACUUGCUUUUGGAAUAUCUUUUAAAUAUACAACAUCCAAGGGUAAAUAUUCCAUAAAGAUUCCAGGUGCCCAUGAAAUGCAGGAGCUACAUAUACUGCCUUAUUUCUCCAUGAACAAAUCUAUUUUUCAGUUGAAGAUUCAUUUGUUCAUCAAUUCAGUAAAUAUUUUAUGUUUACCUAGCCUGUGUUGGGGCUAGAGAGUUAUGUAACUCCUAGCUUAUAGUGCAUAAUAGGCCUCUCCAUAGUUUGUAAGGUAGGCAAGUAAGAGGCAGCUGGGUUGACAAGCCAUGGUAAAGCUAAGAGUUUUUAUGCAAUGUAGUUUCGGUUUCAUAACUUUAUGCACCACUGCAUUUUCCCCUAAUAGUCCACAACCACCUGAGAAUCAAGAAAAGAGAAAGCAGUAUCAAGUAGGUCAAAACAGAAGUAAAAGAAAACAAGCCCAGGGAAUUCCAGAUAUGCGUAUGAUGGAUAAGAUCCUUGAAAGUGGAGAACAAAGUAAACCGGGAGAAAGACAGGAUGAGGUAGAGGCUGGAGACAGGCAUAUACUGCUUCAGAUCAUGGGACAGAUGUCAUAGGAGGACCACACACAGAUGUCUGGGACCUGAAAUUGUAUUAGAUUUAGGCCUAGACCAACAGGAGGAAGAGGAAGCUAAAAUGUCAGGGAGAGACGCAAGCUAUAAACAAUGGUAUGGCCACGACACAGUUGUACAGAUUUUACAUAAUUUAGGUUAUGUUGUAUAAUAGGAAAGCAUCCCUUGAAUGCAGAAGGCACCAAGGAGAUUACAGAAUAAGUGCCAAGGGAAUAAGGAAAUGAUAAGGGUGGUAGGAUAUUCCAGCCAAGGAGCAGAGGGUUGGAUUUUCAAAAUUUAAAUUUCUUACUGAGUCAGGUCCAAUAUGUGUUUGCUAAUGAGAGGUCUAGCCUAGUGGUAGAGUGUUUGGAUAGCAGGCAUAAGGCCUCUGUUUCUUUCAUGAUAGUAAAAUCAGUAUCUAUAAUUGUAUCCACUUUUGUAUAUUUGUGUAAUAGAAUUCUGUGGGAUUACCUGUAGUGCCCUGUCCUAUUUGAAUGGAAAUUUUUCAUGUCAUCUGAGGACAAGACUACUUUAGAACAAGCCAUGUUCCUCCCUAACUCCAUUUCUAGGCCACAAAAAUGGGUGUAGGUUUGACAUGUUUCAUUAACAGUUUUAUUAAGAUAAGGUAGAGCAGAAUCCACUGAGGCUCAUCCUUCUGCAGCCUGAACAUACACUCAAAGAAACCAUAUACAUUAUUUAGUGAAACAUCCAUGCUUAUAGAAUAAAUACAACAUGCUGUCUAGAUAGUUUCCGGUGACCUGAAUGUAUUAACAGGAGUUGAUAUACCCAUAUACAGUAAGUAUAUCUACUUAAAUAAUAUUAAUUAUGGUAGAUGAUGGAUCCUGCAGAAGUUAAGCCUAAGCAAGGCAGUUGAACCAAGGUUUACACACAUGUGGCAUAUUUUUCUCAUUGACUUCUUCCUGACAAAUUCUCAGAUGAGAUGUAACAAUUAUGAAAGUAUCUGUUGAAGAAGAACAACAGUUCAAACCUGGCUCUUCAUCAGUUUCUUGUAGAAGUCUGAGUCUUGCUCAAAACACAGGUAUGUAUUUAGGACUAGUUGUGUUUAUUUCAAAAUCAUACUUUAAUGCUUUGAUCUACAAAUUUGAAGGAACUGAAGAGCUCUGGAGAUGAUAUCAUUUAUUAAGUCUCAUUUGCUUUGUGCGACUUGUUGAUAAGUUUUCAAUCUUUCAAAAUAUUUUACAAAUUGUCAAAUGGAAUAGAUCGUACAUUAGGAAAACAGAAAAACGUUUGCAUUUGUGAGAUGCAACUUUGGACAAUGUUUCCCAUUCAUGAGAGUAAUGUUAACAGAGAUGAUGGGAGCUAAGGUCACAGUGGAGUUCUUGAUUCUAUAUACAUCUGAUUCCCACCUGUGGAGGCCCAAAAAUGUGGACCCAUUUCCACCUUGUCUGAAGGUCAGAGAGUUUUAGCUUGAUCAAAGUUGUUUCAAAGUGUGGCCACAUAUUCUGAACUAGAGUGUGGUUACUUGGUCUCUUUGACAAGAUGACCCACACAGGUAGAUCCUCUCCACCCUGACCAAAGGUCAGGAUAUUCAAGCAUACUUCUGCUCUUUCUUUUGAAAUAGGAGGAUUGACUUUGGGAGUGGCUGUCUUCAGGUUACUUGGUUUGGGGUGGGUUCACUGCCUAAACAACAGAAUGCUAAUGACUUGAUGUCUCAAAGUGUUGAAGCAAAUAACUGUCCAAGUCCUUUGUAUCAUAUUAAAACAGUCUUUUGUCUUCUUCCCCCUGUUGUAUUGGGGGUAUAAAACUGUAUGGAAAAAUAAAUUCAGGGGAUUUCAGUAUUCACUGGAACUUCCUCCCAGUACUAUUCUA